AUGGGCUGCCGUCGAUCAAAAACAUCCCAAAAAAAAUCACAAGCGCGCUUUAAGGUCUUGAAAGCUGCUCGUAAAUCACAACUUCGUCAACUUGAGGAUCAAGUUCAAACGUUUCAGUCUGAAAAUGAUUCCUUACAAGCUGAAAAUAAUUCCUUACAAGAAGAAGUUGCAAUUUUGACAAAAUUUGGGGUUUUACAGUCCGUACAAAUCCAUCAACAAGUAGAAGAAGCGCAAUCUAAUAAUGAACUGUGGGCUAUCGCCCAAAAAGAAUGUUGGGAGGCCCAGAAAAAGGUUAUUCAACAAGAUAAAGAAAUUGUCAGCUUAAAGGGUGAAGUAAAAUAA